GCUCCUCCAGCAGCAUCUACACUCCCAGCAAAAAAGGAAGAACUGAAACGACAGCACUCUGUACGACUCGCAAUCCAUGCCAUUUAGGACGUAUGCUGAAAACGCCGACUUCCUCUGCUACUCAUCUGCACUGGAAAAAGCUGGGACCAUGGUUGUCGUGUGAAAACGGACCGGUGUGACUCGGAUUGGAAGGACGGACUGAGCCCCAAAAAGCCUGUUUCAAGUGUCAGCUGGUAAAGCGUGUGUGCGUGUGUGAGAGUGUGUGGGUGUGUGAGUGUUUGUGUGUGCAGGCACGUGUGUUUUCCCAGCCCAGUCAGUAUUUGGAGCGGAGUGUGGCCUGAACACAUCACAGAGGGACAAUGAGCGAGCUGGAACAGUUGCGGCAGGAAGCCGAGCAACUACGCAAUCAGAUCCGGGAUGCCCGGAAAGCCUGCAGUGACUCCACUCUGUCACAGAUCACAGCUGGUCUGGACUCAGUGGGCCGGAUACAGAUGCGGACGCGGCGCACUCUCAGGGGCCACCUGGCCAAGAUCUAUGCAAUGCACUGGGGGAGCGACUCCAGUGACGGCAGUCCCAGGUUACUUGUCAGUGCCUCGCAAGAUGGAAAGCUAAUCAUCUGGGACAGCUACACGACAAAUAAGAUGCAUGCCAUCCCACUGCGUUCUUCCUGGGUGAUGACGUGCGCCUACGCCCCCUCUGGGAACUAUGUGGCCUGCGGAGGCCUGGACAACAUCUGCUCCAUAUACAGCCUGAAGACCCGGGAGGGCAACGUGCGUGUCACCCGAGAGCUGCCCGGACACACAGGUUACUUGUCCUGCUGUCGUUUCUUGGAUGAUAACCAGAUACUGACCAGCUCCGGAGACACAACCUGUGCAUUGUGGGACAUAGAGACAGGCCAGCAGGCCACAACCUUCACUGGCCACACAGGCGACGUGAUGAGUUUGUCUCUAAGCCCAGACUACAAGACCUUCGUGUCCGGAGCCUGCGACGCCACCUCAAAGCUGUGGGACAUCCGUGACGGCAUGUGUAGGCAAUCCUUCACCGGCCACGUGUCCGACAUCAACGCCGUCACCUUUUUCCCCAAUGGGAAUGCCUUUGGCACAGGCUCAGAUGAUGCCACCUGCAGGCUGUUUGACCUGCGUGCUGACCAGGAGCUGAUGAUGUACAGCCACGACAACAUCAUCUGCGGCAUCACCUCUGUGUCUUUCUCCAAGAGUGGCCGACUGCUCCUGGCGGGCUAUGAUGACUUCAACUGCAACGUCUGGGACACUCUGAAAGGCGAACGUGCAGGUGUGCUGGCGGGCCACGACAACAGAGUGAGCUGCUUAGGAGUGACAGAAGACGGCAUGGCCGUGGCUACCGGCUCCUGGGACAGUUUCCUCCGGAUCUGGAACUAAAAAAAAACCAACCUCUUCCUUGUUGUACUCAAUCACUGCCCGCCAACCUCACCCCACAUACUCCAACUCAUCUGCUGGGCUGGACCUGAGGGGUGCACACUGUGUCAGCCGAAAUCCUCUCAACUCACCCCCAGUUUCUCCUCUCUGCUGUGAGAAAGUACCAACUCUUUCUACCUUUCCAAGUGACGUUUUUUUCACCGAGCUAUUACACAAAAAAAAAUCUUUCAAUCGAGUUGUCCAAUCAAAAAUUUAAAAAAAAAGAGAUGAGUUAUGAAAAACUGAAGGAAAAAAUAGAAGAUUUUACCCCUUAUACCAAUUCUCUUCUUGGGGCGAUAAAGAGUAUUUGUUACCGUGACUAACAACAAACAAGAUGAGCAUCGGUGUGUAAUAUGUAAAUGUAUAUAUAAAGACAGUAUAUAUGUAUAGCAUUAUGUGUGUAUAUAUGCAUCAUAUAUGCAUAUAUAAUGUGUAUGUAUAUAUUUUCGUAGUUUAUUUCCCACCCUUGAGUUUUUUUUAUGAUUUGGGGGUUUUGUGUUUUGUUUUUUUUCAAUGUGUACAUAUUCACAUUACUACACAGCAUAAUGCCAGAAACACUUAUUUUAUCCCGUGUGAGUGCCAGAUUGAGACACAGCAGCGUAUCAUAAUUUAACCCAAAAAGUAUCCUUUUAUUUUUUAAUAUCUCUGGUACUUGCUGAUUUAGUCAUCCAGCAACAAAAUAGGAUUUAAAAAAUAAACAAAACAAUUAGCAAAAAUAUAAUUUGGCCCAGCUAAACUCACUUUCCUCAUUUGUAUGUGUGUCUAUUAUGGUUACAGGCUGCAAGCAUAACUCAUGCAUCCUGUAUCUACAAAUUUAUGUAAAUGACUUUUCAUUUUUUUUUAUUUAAUUUUUUCUUACAAAGCGACCCCUGGCAUUCCCCACCAGUGUUUUCAUUUGAAAUUAAACCACCACACUGCUGUAAUAAUGAUUAGAAAAAAGCACUUCAAAACCAACAAGCGGUGUUGUUUUUAAGUUUUUAGUCUGGAUUCAGCUUUAGCUCCAAAGUAGAAACCGGUGAGUUUUAGGCUAAGAUAAAAAAAAAAAAAAACACUUUUAUUUAACUGGAGGCCCUGCUUUGGACUUGUGGUUUCAAAUCAUCAGAUGCUGUAUAUCCGAAGACCACAUGCAAAUCAGCAGCUGUGUGAUAUGAUUGAUAACCCAAUUAUAGUCCUAAACAGAGGUUUUGCAUGAUAAUGUCUCCCGUGGCCUGUAGAAUCUACUUCUCCUUAAGAGUUGAGACAAGCAUCUCAAGUUGCCCAUACAAACAACACUGACAGAGACAAGGGCAUCACAAAGAGAGACACGUUCUCCCCGAGCAAAAGCUGUUCUACCUGUGAGCCUGUAACGGUGCUGAGGCCUGUAUGGACAAAUAGUAGAUCGGUCAGUCGUCAUGUGAAGAUAUUAAAGGACCAUAAAGGAUAGCAGCGACUCUGUCAGCAGCCUCUGAGGACGACAGAAAAGAUGAAGAGAGAGAAAUAUGUCUGUCAGAGCUCGCCAUGUCAUUUUUAGCUUCUUUUUUUUUCUAAGCGAAGGAUCAAGUCCUAUUUGUCGCCAACAAAGUGUGACCUGAGUGACUGCAUGGAGCUGAAAUCAUGUCAGCCGCUCUGAAAUCACGCCAGUGCCACCACAAGCCUGUAAAAAAAAAAAGGAAAAAGAAGAAAAAAAACAGCAAAAGAUUUCUUUAAAGGGUUUAACACUUUUUUUCCUCACCAAAACCAUGUUAUGAACUGUUAAAUAUCGCUUGUGAAGAAAGUACACUUGGUAGACAGAAAUGUACACUUAGUAGAGAGCUAGACACACACUCACAAACUGUAGUACAAAUGUAAACCAUUGAGCACAUGUGACUUAUUUACCCAUAGAAGUGCUAUCUCUGAUUUUGAGUAUUUCCUCAUCACGCAUCUUCCAUUAUUUUGGUUCCUCUAAAAGCUUAAUUAAAAAAUAAUAAUAAUAGUACACAUAAUGUAUGUGAGUUGGACCUAUCCAUCAGCUGUCUCAGGUGCCUAUCUCUCUGAAUAUAAACAUUUGACCCACAUGGGCUGGAUGAAGGAGAGUUUGUGCUCCUGUGAGAUGUGGCACUAUUGUGUCUCCAUUCUGCCUUACGAUACCAUUCAUAAUAGAAGGUAAUACUAGCAUCGACUACAGUAAUGUUUCCUCUUAAUAUUCCUUUGUACACACUGAUCAGUAAGAGAGAGAGAGAGAGAUUGCUAAUUCUUUUCAUUUUCCCAAUAGAAGCACAUUCUGAUACUAGUGAACACUAAAAAGCAUGCUUACAGAAAACCACGUGCAGCGCUGCAAUGCUUCUUAAAGCAACAUCACUUUUUAUACAAUUCCGCUAUCUACUACUACCUACAGUACAGUUUGUAGUAUUUAUUUAGGUUCAAUCAGCUCUCAAACAAACUCCCCUUUACAGUGAUUCUCGUGACCCUUUUUUUUGUUUUUGUUUCUAAGUGUUUUAGCUGCUUCUACCUGGCUUUGCAUUAAUGAAUCCAUUUUGAGAGAAUGUUAAAUAGUUUUUAGCCUGAGAAUAUCUUUGAGGUGUGUAGGAUGUGAUAUGUAUUGCAUAUCAGUGUUGAGGUGUGUGAGGGGGGAGGGGAGGGGAGGUGAGGGACGGGACGGGGGUGAUUUGCUGAUGUAUGUGGAUAACAUAUAGAUCUAAGUGUUACUUCCUCAUUUGUGCCAAUGUUAUCCACAGACCCUGAGCUGUGAACUGAAAACUAGUCAAUGUGACAAAAAAACAAAACAUGUUUGCUCACUUUUACUCAAGUGCCAGCCUUCUCCUCCAUAUCCUACAAUUUAAAGUCACGUCAGUAUCUGAUUUUAUACCCAAUCUGUUGUCUGAUCAAACUGGUGGACCGAUUUUAUCCGAAGAUGGGUUUUUAUAUCGCAAAGUGUUAUUAAGUUAACAGUGCUUAUUUCUAUCAGUAAGCGGACAUCAGACAUUCAUGUGUCCCCAGAUAAAGAUGGCAAAAUGUAUUUAAAGGAAUACUUUGAUAUUUUGGGGAAAUGUUAGCAUUCUGGAAGUUGGGUGAGGAGGUCCUGGUUCCUGUCUGUUAAAAGACCAGUUUGUAAGAUUUAGGUGCCUCUAUUGUCGUUUUUGCGUUUUUGUAAGCGUAGAAUCAUAUCUGCAUGGAUAGUGGUCCCUUUUCCUAACGAAAUGCUACCUUGAAGGACACCAUAGGUUAGGACACAGAGGGGUGUGUUGAGGGGUAUUUAGAUAAGAUACUGGAUAUUAACUGUCUCCUGCAACCAUACCAUGGAAAAAGUGAGUGGAUUCAGCAGGACAUUGGGGAAUACUAAAUAGUGUUGGACAUAGCUGGACAGAGCCAGGUUUGCAGUUUCCGGUCUUGAUGCUAAGUUAGCCUGCAGCUAACAGUAGCCUUUGUUAACAGACAGACAUGAAACUGGUGUCUUCUCCAACUCUCACCCUGAAAGCAAAUCAGUAUAUUUCUGAAAAUGUCAAACUAUUCCAAUAAACCCACUUGUUCUUUCAUGACAUGAGCUUUGUGAAAUUGAAAAAAAAUACAAAAAAACAUGCACCAUAGCCCUUAACAGCUGAAAAAGGGGGAUUGUGCGUAUUACUGACAGUGAUAUUCAGCAGGCAACCAUUUCCUCGCUCUGUAAUUCAGCGGUGUUAGCAGCUGGAACCUGGAAUAGCAACACUUCUACGUGCCUGUGCAGUUCACUCAUUAUUCAAAAAGGUGCUUGACUUCAUUUAAUUUCACAUUAUUGUUGUAUUUACCUGAAGUCUGUUGAAUCAGCUUCUUUGGUGUUACAAAACGUCAACAUUUGAUGCAUUUACAGUAUUGUCUGAAGUACCAAGACCUGUGACUUAUCUUUGAAUCUUGGGGCCGGUAUGUGUGGCGGUAGUUUUAAUGUAAGUUGCCAUUCGUCGCCCACAGCAUCGACGUCUAACUUCAAAGAGCAGAUAUGAAAAUGUCACCUCUGCAAGUUCAGGCUGUACUUCGAUGACUGCAUUUGCACGACCCUCUGAGUUAGUAUCUAGUUAUGAGAAGCUGAAAGUUUCUGAUUCAGUGACACCCCACCACUUGAAAUAUGUCACAUGAUCACCACCACAGCACCGUCACAAAAUAAUGCACUGCCCUUUGACUCUACAACCUACUGUUCUGACAUUGUUUUUGAUUUUUAUUUAUUG